UAACAGAGGCACUAGAGGGAGGAAGCUGCUUUUACAGGAGACGGAGGAAGAGACUGAAUCCACACAACGUGAGCGCAGGCAGCAGAUGAGGGAGGGGGGGCUUCCAGACUGGAUGGGCCCAGCAAUGUCUUGAUGGAGUAUGGGCCAGGUUUUAGGAUUCUCCCACUGCCAGGAAUAUGGCUCUGUGGCAUCCACUCCAGACUCAACACCUCCAUGCACCGAUGGCGGCAACGAGGAGUCGGAGAUGUGCGAGCUGCAAACAGCCAGGGAGUGGUCCGACGACGAUGAAGAGGACGAGUUAGGAGAUCCGAACGAUGAUGAAGGACAAGCCUCCUCUCCGUCCAUCUGGGGAACCCCUCGCCAGCACUCCUUCGAGCUCACCUUCUCUUACAUCGCCAUCACAGAGGCCGAAGCAGUUGGGACCUCACGCCACCAUCGCGAGCGACGCAGGGGUGUCCCCCGGCCAGGUCGAACUCCUUUGAUUCGAACUGACACGCUGGAAAUGCUGUUGGACUCCCCCGAUGUGGACUGGGAGCCACAGGCGUUAUUCAGUCAAGAUGAAGAAGAGGCAACAUUAGAAACUAGAGCCCGGGACCCAGUGGAACCAAGGACAGCAAGCCCUGUGGGAAGAAGGGAAAUGGAACAAGGGGAAAUUAUUACAGUGCAGCCCUCUCCUGAAACUCUGGACUCAGAAAGUCAAAGGGCGGACCCAGGAGAGGGACAAGAAGAGAGUGAAGGCCUGAUUGGGCAGUCUCCUUUGGAGAUUCAGUCAUCCCAGCAACACAGUCCCUCACAGAUAGUUCAGGCUGCAGAGGAUUCACCAACCUCGGAGCCCGAGUCUCCCGUCACCUUGGAAACCAUUUCAGUCAAGCUGCUCACAUGUGUGCGACCCACAGACCCGGCGUCUCCGGCGUCCGUAGGCGGUAACUCUCAGGAACAGCUGGUCACAGAUCACUGGAUUUCAGCACCGUACCUAACAGAGGAUCUGACUGUAUGCGUCCGCAUAGCAGUGAUGGACCUUAUUUACUGGAAGGACACAGAGAGAAGUGGCAUGGUGCUCACGGCCUUGGUGGUGGGCUUACUCUCCCUGUUCCAGCUCAGCAUCAUCACGGUGGUCUCCACAGUCUCCCUGGCAGUCAUGUGCUUCACUAUCUCAGUACGCAUCUACUACCAGUUGCUCUAUGUCCUGAGCUGGGGGGACGGACAACAUCCCUUCAAGUCAUACUUGGAUCUCGACAUCAGUUUCAGUGGAGAGCAAGCUGAUCUCUACAUGCAGAAAGCCAUUGUCCUGACUCUGUCUGCUCUCGAUUCCCUGAGGAGGCUUUUUUUUGUAGAGCAUCUUUUUGAAUCCCUCAAGCUCCUGUUUCUGAUGUACCUCGUGACAUACCUGGGAGGCCUUUGCAAUGGCCUUACUAUUCUCAUCAUCAGUGUGAUCGCUCUCUUUUCUUUGCCCCUUUUCUAUGAAAGACGGCAGGAACAAGUGGACGGCUUUAUAGGGAAAAUUCAGGCCCAAAUUGACAAUGUCAAGGACUUCCUGCGCAGACUUGUCCAAGGUGGCGGCCCUCCUCCCGAUACAACCCCUGGUGGUGCCAAACCUAAAACCCAGUAAAACCCCAUGGACAACAACUUUAGGAGAAACUGCCAGAGUUGCAGAUUGUCACUCAAUGUCUUACUCAGCAGUGUGUCCCUAAGACCUCCAGUGGAUGGCUCUACAGAAACUGGGAACCUGAACCAAAGCGCAAUGAUGUACUGUAUACUCAAACUGCGUCUCAUUUCUAGGGGUUGGAGGAUGGGGCUCAGAUGUUCAGAAGGUGAAAUCAGAGUUUAUGAGUUCUGGGUGAAAACAUUGAUCUGCUGUCAGAGAGGAGAACGUCAUCUUUGGAAAUAUAAUUUUAGCGUGUUAUAACAGAAGUUCAAUGAGCAUCUUAGUUAGGGCUGUAGUACGGAUGUGUGAUGAAGUACGUGCGGGGGAAUUUCUCCCCUCUGAAACACUCCUGAAGCUGAGGAAGUCGUUCAGGUCAUUUACUGGAUGCGAGAGGACAAAUGCAGGGAUCAUCAUGGCAGCAUAAAACGACCACAUCUACAUCUCUCAUGCAUUCUCACGGCUAUGUAUCUGCAUGAAUGCUAGUUUAUUAUUUUUGAAUGUGUGAGUCUGUUCUGAAAAAAAAAAAAAAAAAAAAACUUUAUGAAACGAACCUGCUGGCCUCAAGCAAAGUCAAAUUUCUUCUUUACUUUCUGAAAUAUUCUUUUUAUUUGCACCCCCAGCUGUCAUUCUCUUUUCAUUUUCUCUACUUUUGUUUUACUUCUGUGUUUCGAAACUGAUGCUUUCCCCCUUUUCUAGGUGUAACAGAGAAGCAAAAAGAUAGAUGAGAUUUGCAAUAAUUUUGCUUAAUCCGAUGCACCGGAAGUGGAAGAAAAGUCCUAUGCUCAGAUUUUCUGGCAGGAUGUUAGUUAUUGGAUGUUUGCUUCAUGAAACGUUUAGGAUUUUUAAACAGAUCCUCUCAGUGCCCUUACUGUGUUUUUACCCAGCUGUGAAUGAACACUGAAAAUUUGAGGAAGUGAUAUACAGCAGGUGCCUUUUGUGACUUCAGGUUUUUGUGUAAGAUAUCAUUCACUCUACUUACAGCAACCAUUUAUUUGUCAUUGAUCUGACCAUCACCUCACACACGAUGCUGUUUUGUGCGAUCACAGUGUUGAACACUGCUCCAAUAAAUUAAAGAAUUUGAUCAGAACACAUCAGAUCUUAAUAAAGAAUUAAAAAUAAACAUGA